AUGUAACAAUUCAGUUGAAAUUCAAUUUCUUGAGAGUCAGCGAGUAAAGCUCGUUGUGAAUAAAUCUGCCGCGCGAAUUCGUUUUAUUUGCUCCGAGAAAUCUAUGUUAAAUUUCCUAGAUGACUACUUUGUUGCUACUAUUACUGCAAAUCUUCUUCUUAGUUAGUGUGCCUGCAGCGCGUAACGUAACACGUCGUAAUGUUGUGCUUGUAAUUUUUGAUGACCUACGACCUGUGCUUGGCGCUUAUGGAGAUCAUUUGGCAUAUACGCCAUAUUUGGACGCGUUCAUCCAGGAGAGUUACUACUUUACGCGUGCUUAUANCCAGCAAUCUCUAUGUGCACCCAGUCGUAACUCAAUGCUCACCGGCCGUCGUCCGGAUACUUUGCACCUUUAUGACUUUUACAACUAUUGGCGCGAUUUUGCCGGGAAUUUUACCACACUUCCACAAUACUUCAAAGCUCACAACUAUUACACUUAUGGCGUUGGAAAAGUUUUCCAUCCGGGCAUUUCAUCAAACAGUUCAGACGACUAUCCCUACAGUUGGUCAUUGCCGACUUUCCGACCACCGAGUGAGAAGUACAUGAAUUCACCGGUAUGUCCGGAUGCCAGCGGUGUUUUACGUAAAAAUCUUAUCUGUCCCGUGCAUUUACAAACUCAGCCACUGAAAACGCUGCCCGACAUUGAGUCUACCGCAGAGGCUAUACGCUUUAUCACCACUUACCAGCGUCGUAGACCCUAUUUUUUGGCGCUUGGUUUUCACAAGCCGCACAUUAACUUUCGUUUUCCGCAACAGUUUCUGGAACGAUUUCAUCUCAAGGAUUUCAAUAACUAUACCACAGAUACUCAUAAGCCUGAGGAUAUGCCGAAUGUGGCUUGGAAUCCAUAUAUAGAUGUACGUUCACGCGACGACUUUAAACAUCGGAAUAUUUCCUUCCCGUAUGGACCGAUUUCGGCGUUGCAACGUUCGCAGAUACGUCAAGCAUAUUACGCGUCCGUUGCAUACGUUGACGAUUUGUUUGGAAAAUUUAUCGCGCAUGUGAAUAGACGCAACACUAUUGUGCUGGUGACCAGCGAUCAUGGCUGGUCAUUGGGCGAACAUGCUGAAUGGGCUAAGUAUAGUAAUUUUGAGGUGGCGUUGCGCGUGCCACUCAUUAUACGGAGCCCGGAAUUUCCGUUGACAACAUUUCAACGCAUGCAUACAAUCGCCGAACUGGUGGACAUUUAUCCAACUUUAGUGGACUUAGCA